AUGCUUGCCUGUUUGGCCAGGGGGAAUUUACUGGAUAUUCUGCAAGAGGGCUUCUCAGAGCAGCAACUACAGGCGUACGUGGCCUGGGUGAAUUCCCAGCUGAAGAAGAAGCCAGCAAUAAAGCCAGUGCAGGACCUAAGGCAGGAUCUCCGAGAUGGGGUCAUCCUGGCCACUCUCAUUGAACUUGUAGCCGGUGAGAAGCUGAAUGGCAUUCAGGUCAGUCCCACCAGCCAGCAGGAAAUGAGAGAAAAUGUAGAGAAAGUCCUGCAGUUCGUGGCAUCGAAAAAGAUUCGUAUGCACCAAACUUCAGCGAAAGAUAUCGUUGAUGGGAACCUGAAAUCCAUCAUGAGGCUGAUCCUUGCCUUAGCUGCUCAUUUUAAACCUGGCUCGGGUAGAACAGCCAUUCAAAGCCCAGCCAGCAUGGUGGGGAAGAGCCUUUCAGCAUCAUCAGCCAGUCACAGGCCUCAUUCAGUGGCUGCCGUGGCCCAGGGUGCCGUGGCUGCUCUGGCAGAUGUUCGUCAGGAUGUCUCACACUCAGGACGUGAUGUUUUCCGGCACAGACAGAGAAACAGCAGCGUCGAUGAAGAAAUUGAGAAUCCCUACUGGAGUGUCCGAGCACUGGUGCAGCAGUAUGAGGGACAGCAGAGCGUGCCCUCAGAGUCUUGCUCCUCCAGUCUCACAUCACCCAGUCCCAUACACAGCACAAAGAGCGAGUCCAUUGCAACCCAGUCAGAGGAGAAGGCAGACUUUGUGAUCAUCGGAGCUGAAGAAACAGAAACCAAAACAGAAGAGACAGACUCUCCAUUUCUCCCAGAGUGGCAGGCCGGAAGCUCUGGGACAUACCUAGAGACCUCCUGGGAGGAGCAGCUGCUGGAACAACAAGACCAUUUAGAAAAGGAAAUGGAGGAAGCAAAGAAGAUGAUUUCAGGCCUGCAGGCAUUGCUGCUCAAUGGGUCAUUACCUGAGGACGAGCAGGAGGGAUCAUUUGUCCUUUGUGAACAUGGAGCCUGUCCAGAAGAGCAGCUGGUCAUAAUCCGAAGUCGUCUGGACCAGAGCAUGGACGAAAAUCAGGACCUAAAGAAGGAGCUACUGAAAUACAAACAAGAAGCGCGAAACCUACAAGGAAUAAAGGAUGCAUUGCAGCAGAGGUUGGCUCAGCAAGACGCUUCAGUUCUUCAGCUAAAGCAGGAGCUGCUGAGAGCAAAUAUGGACAAGGAGGAAUUGCACAACCAGAAUGUUGAUCUGCAGAGGAAGGUUGAAGAGAGGAACAGACUCCUGGGAGAAUACAAAAAGGAGCUGGGCCAGAAGGAUCGGCACUUACAGCAGCACCAGGCCAAGCUAGACGAAAUGCUCCGUCAGCUCUCCGAGGCCAGCUACCAGCAGGCAGAUUUGGAGCGGGAGCUGGAGCACAAGGAGGCCCUGCUGGCUCAGUGCAUGAAGAGAGAGACAGAAGAGGUGAUGGGCUACAGCAAUCACAGCACUCAGAGCAACGGCUUCCUCCAGACAGCAGGAAAAGGAGCUGCUCCCACAGCCCACAGAGUGACGAACGACCUGCAGUUGGUGCGUGAUGCCCUCCGCAGCUUGCGGAACAGUUUCAGUGGCCACGACCCGCAGCACCACACCAUCGACAGCCUGGAACAAGGCAUCUCCAGCCUGAUGGAGAGAUUGCACCGCAUGGAGACGCAGAAGAGGCAAGAGAGAAGGGUUCAAGGGAAGUCGCCCGCAAGCCGAGCAGCGAAUGAGUAUCGAGACUCCUGGCCUCCCAACUCCAAAUUGCCUCAUUCUCACAGCACACCCACUAUGAGCAGCAGUGCCUGCACCAAAGUGCUCUACUUCACUGAUCGCUCACUCACACCUUUCAUGGUCAAUAUACCAAAGAGGUUAGGUGAGGUGACUCUGAAGGACUUCAAGGCAGCUAUCGAUCGGGAAGGAACCCACCGGUACCAUUUCAAAGCCCUAGAUCCAGAAUUUGGCACAGUCAAGGAAGAGGUGUUCCAUGAUGAUGACAUCAUUCCUGGUUGGGAGGGGAAAAUCGUAGCCUGGGUGGAAGAGGAUCAUGGGGAAAAUUAA